AGAGAGAGAGAGAAAGAGAGAGAGAGAGAGAGAGAGAGAGAAACACACACGCACACACAGAGAAAGAGAGAAGUGAGAAAAGGGGAGGAAAAUAGCCAGAAAGAGACUUGUUUGUGGACUAUGGGAGGCACCUUAUAAAUUCUUUAAGGCAGUCUGGACUUGAGCCUCACUUUUGUUAAAUUAAAAAAUAAAGUCAACAAAAACAAAAGGUGCAAAAGAGAGAGGGGGGCCACAAGGAGAAGAAAUGAAGGACUUGGUACAGUCAGUAGAUAUGGGGGUCUCUCAGUGGAAAGGAGUCAACGUAACUCGAUCCAAAGGUUGGCUAAAGAAUGAAUUUAUUCGUGUGGGACUUGCUGAAUUCCUUUGCACAUAUAUCAUGAUGGUGUUUGGCCUGGGGUCUGUAGCCCAGGUAGUGACAGGCCAGGGAGCGUUUGGAGAGUACCUCAGCAUCAACCUGGGCUUUGGACUGGGUGUUGCUUUGGGGGUUCAUGUUGGAGGGAAGGUCUCAGGAGCUCAUAUGAACGCAGCAGUGUCAUUCACAAUGUGUGCAUUUGGCCGCCUUGCGUGGAAGAUGCUGCCCCUGUAUGUUUUUGCACAGCUUUUGGGGUCCUUUCUGGCAGCAGGGACAAUUUAUGGUGUAUACUACGACGCCAUAUAUGACUAUUGUGGAGGAAAUCUGACUGUAAAUGGUGUACGGGCCACAGCUGGUAUCUUUGCUACCUAUCCAGCACCAUAUCUCUCCUUGCUGGGUGGAUUCAUUGACCAGGUGUUUGGCACAGCUAUGCUGCUGCUGUGUCUGAUUGCACUGUCUGACCAGAGGAACAAACCGGCCGCAGCAGGCAGUGAGCCUGUCACAGUGGGUCUCCUGGUGCUGCUCAUUGGCAUUUCUCUAGGCAGCAACAGUGGCUACGCUAUCAACCCGACCAGAGACAUCGCACCCAGAGUCUUCACUGCCAUCGCAGGCUGGGGGCCUGAUGUGUUCAGAGCUGGCAAUGGGUGGUGGUGGGUGCCUCUAGUUGCCCCCCCUGUUGGAGGUGUACUGGGUGCAGGGCUAUACAAGGCCUUAGUGGAACUGCACCACCCUCUCCUCCCUGAACAGGAUGAAGGGGUGAUGGAGGAGCUGAAAGAGGAGACUUUCCCUCUGGAAAAACAGAAAAACAUCUGUGCUGAUGUGUGUGUGUGAGACCCCCAUCUCUCUGUGUAGCUUGUAAAGCUUUGUUGAUAUUUGUGUGCAGCUGAAACAUUCCACGAUGAAGAAGGAUUUUAAAAACUAAUUUCUAAAAUGAGGGAUGGCAGAAAAUGAAGAGUCUGUUUUACUUAAUUAAUUUCAUCAUUAAUCUUAGUUACUCAACUAAAUUUAAUGUAAUUGAGAGCGACUGCAAUACAUAUGGCACAUUUUGUGUAAAAGAUUGAAAAGUAAAGUAGAGCUGUUUUUAUGCUUGGAAGGUAAAGAAA